AUGGCUCAUCAUAGUUCAGGGGAUCUCGCAUGGGCUCAUGCCCGUGCAGGUGCUUCCUCUGCUUCUGUGGCCUCUGCCCCUGCAAGAUCAGAUGAUCCCACAUGGGCUCAUGCUCGUGCAGUGCCUAAUGCAAAAAAUAACACUAUAUGUUUGCAUUGUAAUAAGUUGAUUAAAGGGGGUGGUAUUACUAGACUUAAGUAUCAUCUUGCUGGGAUUAGGGGUCAAGUUGAACCAUGUAAAAAGGCUUCAUCUGAUAUUAGGUUUCAAAUGAAACAAAUGAUUGAAGACUUGAAAAAAUCUAAACAAACUAAAAAGAGGAUUCAAUUAGAAAUUGGGAACCCAUACGAUGUUGAUGAGGAGGAGGAGGAGGAUGAUGAGGUUAGGGUUGUUGAAAAGAGUCCCCCUCAAACAUUAGGUAAACGAAAAUCUAGGGGAAAGGAUGUUGACAAUGAUAUGAGUCAAAUAAGAGGAAAGAAGAAAAUUAAGAAUUAUUUUGCUCCUAAAACAACCCCCGGUGCUCAACCCUCUAUAAGAAGUGCUUUGGCUACAAAAGCAAUGAUUGAUUCCAUUGCUGCUAUUGGGCCGGGAUUUAAGGGGCCUUCUUUUUAUGAGUUGAGGGGACCCCUUUUGAAAAAUGUUGUCCAUGAAGUUAAUGAUUUUUUGUUAUAUAUAAAAAAUGAUUGGAAAGUAUAUGGCUGUUUACUGAUGUCUAAUGGGUGGACAAAUCAAAAGCAACAACCAAUAAUGAAUUUUUUGGUGUAUUGUCCAAGGGGAGCCAUGUUCUUGAAAUCUAUUGACACUUCAAGCCUUACAAAGGAUGCUGAAAAUUUGUUUAAUAUAUUUGAUUAUGUUGUUCAAGAAAUUGGUGUGGAAUAUAUUGUGCAAUUGAUUACAAAUAAUGCUUCUGCCUAUAAAAAAGCUGGAAAAAAAUUACAGCAGAAGUAUGGUACUUUGUUUUGGUCUCCUUGUGCAGCUCAUUGCAUAGACUUGAUGUUGGAGAAUAUUGCUAAUCCUAGGUGGUUCCCUCUUAUUGAUGAAGCAAUUAAGAAGGCAAAAAAGAUAACAAAGUUCAUUUACAACCAUGGAGUUGUUUUAGACUUGAUGAGGCAAGAUUUUACAAAUGGAAGAGACUUAUGUCGUCCUGCAAUUACAAGGUUUGCCACUAACUUCUUAAGUCUACAAAGCAUGCUAAGGUUCAAAAAAGAGGUUAGACAAAUGUUCACUUGUGAUAAAUGGCUUUCAUGCCCCCAUGCUAAGACUGCCGUUGGGAAGGAGAUAAGUAAAAUUGUUUUGGAAGAUUAUGCGUUUUGGUCUCAAUGCAAGCACAUAGUGAAAGUUAGUAAGCCUUUAGUUAGAGUACUUCGUCUUGUUGAUAGGGAUGAGAAACCUGCUAUGGGGUACUUGUAUGAAGCAAUGGACAAAGCAAAAGAGGAAAUAAAAAGAAGGUUGAAGAACAAAAUUUCUUUGUAUGGACAUUAUGUUAGAGUUAUUGAUACUAGAUGGGACAAACAACUUCAUAGUCCUCUACAUGCAGCAGGUUGCUUUCUUAACCAUGCAAUAUACUUUAGGCCUUCAUUUAAAAGGCAAAAUGAAGUUCAAAGAGGGUUGCUAAGCACUCUAAUGAGUUUGGUUCCCGAUCCUGACAUUCAAGACAAAAUAAGUUCACAACUUGAUGAGUACAAAAAAUCAAUUGGUGACUUUGGCACAUUACUAGCAAUCCGCCAACGAGAGGGACUAAAUCCAGUUUCAUGGUGGAAGCAAUUUGGACUUGAAGCUCCAGACUUACAAUCAUUUGCCAUUCGUGUGCUCAGUCAAUGUUGUAGUGCAACUGGUUGUGAGAGAAAUUGGAGCACAUUUGAAUAUGUUCACUCAAAGAAGAGAAAUAGAUUGGAACAUAAACGAGUAAAUGAUUUGGUCUUUGUCCAUUAUAAUUUGAGGCUUCGAGAAAGGAACAUUCAAAGGAAUAAGUAUGCAAUGGAUCCUAUAAGCUUGGAUAACAUUGACUUGAUGGGAGAUUGGGAUUGCCUUAAUGAACCACCAACCCUAGUGAAUGUGGAAGAGGAUGCUGAACUUGAAACUAUUGAUGUUGAUGACGAUGAUGAUGAUGACAACAACAAUGAACAUGUCUUGACAAAUCUUCCAAUGGGUGCUAGUAGUUCUUGUGGGAGUUCUUUUGAUGAUGAGUUUGAUCCUUUUUUCAUGGAUGAUGAUGAGGAGGAGUAG